AUGGUUCGAUUUUUCAUAUACAUUACUUUGCUGGCGCUAGCCGGAGCUAGUAAUUGUCCCGAUCCUAGUAUCUGUUUAAGGAUUUUCUGUGGUGUCGUGGAUAGACAAUGUUUAGAUGGUACUAUCAUACCCAAUGCCGGAUUCUGUGGAUGUUGUCCAGCUUGCGUUCCUAACCUUAGUGGGGUCCCCAUAAUGAUGUGGACUUGGUGCAAACAGUUCCAAGUAGUUGAACCAAUGCUCUCAUAUGAAAUUGGUGAUCCUUGUGGACAUACCUUUUUGACCGGAAGUGUUCAAGGUCGUUGUCCAAAAGGAAGUAUAUGUGACACCACAAGUGUGACAUGUAAACCCAGUAAAGUCAGCAACGUUUAG